CGUAGUGAAGUUUAGUGAAGUAGACUACUGAUUGUGGUGGUUGGACAUUGGAUUAUGGCUUCCGUCUAUGUUUAUCAGAAACUGUGAGUUUUAUCUACUCGUCUGCUCUACUGUCUGAACCAUCUUUGCUACUGGAUAUGUCUACAUCAUCUACCUUUCUAUAGUUUCUAUUAUACUGUGCACUGUUUUCAACAUUAUUUGAAUUUGUGGUUUUUGUUUUGAAUGCAAAACUAUAAAAAGUAAAAGUUCUGCUUCGAUCGAUUUUUCAACAAAUAUCUGACUUAAUUGAUUAUAACAUGUAAUAUGGAGAACUCUAGAUUUAAAGGCAGAUCAGAUUAAACUUCUAAUAAAGCAAGAUGAGUUUGAACUGCUGUGUACCGGGGUGUGAUAACGCUUUUGAUUCUAGUGGAGCUGAGAAAAGCUCAGUAACUUUUCACAGCUUUCCAAAGAAUGAAUUGCCGCGAAUUGCGUGGCUCAAGGCAACCGGCAGACGUUACAACAAACGCGUUUCGGCAGUUGUUUGCUCCGACCAUUUCAACGAAGAUGACUUUGUCAUUGGCACUCAUAAACUUAUGCUGAAGAGAACUGCAGUGCCCUGCAUAUUCACUCCUGACCAGAUACAGCUCUUGGAACAGCUGAAAACAUGUCCAGCCUCUAAUGAAGAUAAUGUAAAGAACCGUCCUAGUGUGAGUGUCAAUCCUCCGCCGGUUAUUUCAAUGACCAAAAUAUGCGACCGCAAGCUUGGAGACAUGUCUCUACUUUGUAGAAUUUGUGCAAGGAGAAGUGACAGGUUGAUAUCGCUAUUCGAAGGUGAAGGGCUUGAUGCUGAAUUAGCCCUUAAAAUGCACCAAUAUUUAUCUUUGAAUGUUACCGAAGACGAUGAUCUACCCAAAAAAAUCUGUCUACCAUGUGCUACAGCGUUGGUGUCCUGGCAUGACAUUGUGCUCAUGUCUAUUGAUGCAAUCGGUACACUCAACGCCCUACUAGAAUCUGACAAUGACAACAAACUGAGAAGCAUUUCAGAACAGGAAGCCAAGCGACAGAGAGAGAAUGAGCUAUCGGCAUCCAAUAAUGGAAUUCUACAAAACCAGCAACUAGAUUCUAUGAAUACGCCAGCUUCGAUGGACAUUUCUGGAGAACUGGAUCCGGUGUCUGCUGAUAAAACGCCAGCCAAGAACAAGAUAAAAGAUUUACAAGAAUACAAAUUGCAUUACCCUUGGAAGUACCACGAGAUAGAUGGUACCUUUUUCCUUAGAACAAAGGUGUUGGGUUUUGAGCCGGCAGCUGAAGCGUACACCUAUAUAUGUUGUUUGUGCUGUGAAGAGUUCAACGACAGAGACGUGAUUGGUCAUUCCAAAUCGCACUAUCCUUUGCAAGAAACCGACUCGUGUCAACUGUGCCAUUUCAGUUUCUCAACAAUAGAACUGCUGAGAAAUCACAUCAAACGACAUAUGAUUAUAAUUGAUGAUCAAUACUUGAGUAAGUCCGCUCGUAAUAAACCUAAAAGUAAGCAGCCAUAUCGUCCGCCAAAAGUAGCGGCCACGCCCAAGCCACCGCCACAACCCAAAAAGAAACCUCCAUAUGUAUGCGAAUAUUGUGGAAUAGAGUACAUGCGUAAAUCGCUCUACGAUAGGCAUGUUCGGAACCAACAUCUCGCGCCUUUCAAGUGCCGAAAUUGCCCUGAGAGAUUCGAUAGCCAUACAGCACUUGAUAGCCAUAGACUCAAUUGCCAACGUGUCAAAGUUGAGCCUUGUGAGAGCGAUGAUUUAAUAUGCAAAUGUAACAAGUCUUUCAAUACCUUUGAAGAAUACAAUGAUCACACUCUGACUUGCGAUGAAGAUACAGACCUACUGUGUGAAGAAUGUGGUCUAGUAUUUCAAACAAACAAAGAAUACAAGAAACAUAAUAUGACGACUCAUUCGAAGAUACCCGUAAGGAAAGAAGGUGCCACUUGGAUGUGUGAGAUUUGUGGCUGCAAACUGGGUAAGUACAGUGCUAGGAAGCAUUACAUGACACAUUCCUUCAAAGAGAAGAAGUUCACUUGUAAAGUUUGCGACAUGAAUUUCCUGCAUAGAUGGUCACUCGCUAAUCACAUGCAAUCACACAGCAACAUACGACCUUUUGUCUGUGAGAUCUGUUCAAGAACAUUCAAAAGAUCUGAUCAUUUGAGGGAACAUCAGCUCAAUAAGCAUCAAAUUGGAAAAUCAAAGCAUAGUGAUUUCAAGUGUGAUAUAUGCAAUAGAUACUUUACUACUGAGACUUACCUUAUUCGUCACAAGCGUCUGCAUUCGACUGGCAUGAGUUACGAGUGCCGGGUGUGCAAAGGCCGGUUCCCCACCGAACACAGCCUGAAGAUGCAUCAGACGCGGAUGAAGCACGACAACGGAAGUGCAGCAUCGGUCAAUAUUGUAUCCACGUCAUCUUCCGACCGCAUCAAUAAGUUCAGGUGUAAAGCUUGCUUCAAGCGCUAUGGCUCUAUGGCCAGUCUGAAGAAGCACAGGCUUAAAAACUGUCCAAAACUAAAUAAUAUAAAAGAUGAAGUUAAAGAAGAAGAUGAAGAUGAGCCUGAAAGUAAAAAUGAGGAGAAUGAAGAUUUAGAAAAAACUUACGAAUGUCCAAAAUGUAAUUUGAGAUACUUGACAGACUUUGGGUUGAAACUUCAUUUUGCUCGCUCAAAACACUCGGAUGUCUUGUCAAAGUAUAAAAAACGUCCGAAAAAGGAUCCCAAUGAAAAGAAGAAUCCGCGUUUCAAGUGCGUGCAGUGUGGCGAUAUAUUCAGUUCGUUGGUGAGCUUGAGAAUGCACAAGAUUAAAAGGAAGCACUUUUCACAAUGCCCCCACUGCGGGAAGCGAUUCGCGAUGGAAUUCAAGUUGAAAGUCCACCUGGUGAAGGUGCAUCAGCAGAAGGAUGUGAUUGUGGAGGAGAGCGACCUGCUGACUCAGGAGGAGAAGCUGCCUUACCAGUGUGACGUGUGCUCGCAGCUGUUCGCCAUGAAGCACAACUUGGAGGCGCACAUCGCCAAGAAGCACUCAGUCAACGCGAACGACGAGCCACUUGAAACUGCCUGCAAACGCAAGCCCAAGGUCGAGCCUGUCGACGAAGACGUUUACGAGGAGUUCACUCAGGAAAUCUCAGUUAUCUACCACUGCACCGAGUGCUGGGAGAAUUUCGCUUCCGAGGAAGACUUCAACAAUCAUACACAUGAAGCUAGUAUUAUAUUAACCGAAGAACUCACUGAUAAUGCUAUCAUUUCCGAAGUUAUUGAGACUGAGUCAUAAGUAAUCGGACACAAGGUAUUACCAAAAAAUACAUUUCACAGUUAUGUUUUUCACUAUCAAUUUAAAUGUUCCAUCAUCAUUCUGAACAAUUAAAAGAACUUCUCAACAGAAUCCUGAGUAAUUAGUACCGGGUGAUUAAAAGUCUGUCCGCAGCUGCGUGGUGGCAUAUUAUGUUCUGUUAAAAAAAAAACUUUUUGAAGAACCCCUUACAUUAGGAUAGUAUUUAUUGUUGCCCUUUAAAUUCACUAACAUUCUACUUUUAUUAAACUUCUUAUUGUCAUGUUGAACGAUUAGAAAUUGAAAAUCAGUUCAGAGAAUAAUAUUAUAACUUUUGGAUGUAGGCUAUGUGGUGUUUCGUAACAGCAUUUCUGCCCAAUCUUGAUCAGUAUUAAUGGGCUUCUCCAAAAAGAAUAAUAUUUUCAUUAUACCUCAUUCAUAUAAUAGUCUUCUACAAACAAUUUUAACUGAGUUCCGUUGAAUAAUUAUGAAAAGAUUAAUUUUGUUAUAAUUAUUGCUCAAUCGCUAAUAAUAGUUACUAUACAUUAUUAAGUGGGACUAAAUACACAUACUGCUGUCUUGUGUGUGUAUUUGUAUUUUCAAUUAUUAAAAAAUGAUCCAUUAUAUGUAUACAAAGUUACAUUGAUUAAUUCAUUAUUUUGCAAUACCGGUAUUCUAUGAAAAAUUAGUCUGAGCUCCCCUGUAACUAAACAUUUCCUUCAUUCGCUGUAGCCUACUUGGUUGCGCAUUGUCCAGUGUGAACUAAACCUUAUAUUAGUUUAGUGUAAACUUAUAUUAUAAAAAUUAACUAAUGGAAUACUAUAAUACUUCAACCAUAGCAGCAGCCAGAAAGAAUGCAAUAUUAAUGGAUCAAAUCCAAUUAUUUCUCUCAGAAAUCAAUUUUGUAAUCGUUUUUCAAUUAGAAAUGUUGGCAUUGAUUUUCUCCAUAAAGUUUUAUCAAUUGGUCAUUAUUUUAGAAAUCUAGCUAUAAAUAUUAUGUUCGUCUAAUCUAUUUUCUAACUAAUUUGUCCAUUGCUGAUUUGGUAUUGCUGUUGCUCGUUUAAAGCCUAAUGAUAUUUUAUUUGAAAUAUAUUUAUUCGAAUGUAUGAAAAAGAAAUGUAAAUAUAAUAGAUAUGAGUUUGUGUGGAGUUAUUCUUUGUUAUAAUGUUAAAAGUAUAAUAGUGAAAUAAGUAUUUACAUCUAAUUACGGUAUUUAUUUUAUCGAAAAUGUAUGUUGAAUGUUUGAGGUAUGUGGAAUCGGUUUAGCUGGAAUUUCUAUUUUAAUCAUAUUCAUACUAUUCUAUUUAUUUUAAAUUACUUGUAUAACAUAUUUUAUAGCUUUUCAAGAGUAUUUUCAAAAAUGCGUAGUAACUAAAGUAUCAAAGUGUUAAUGUCAAAGUGUAUUGAACAUUAAUUUAUUUAACUUACCGUACUUAUAUAAUAUAUUUAUUUAUUUAUUUCAUCGUGGAUUAAUUUAUGUCAAAGACAUGAAAUUAAAAUUUAAAUUAUAUAAGGCGAAUUCCAUCUAAAGCAUCUGGAGUAAAUAUUUGAAUAAAAUUGUUCUUAGAACUA